AAAAAAAAAAAAAAAACCAAAACUGAAAAUCCAAACCGGACAAUAAUUUCAGGAUGGAGGGAGUAUUUGAUAUAGAAAUGAGGUUGAAUUGAGACUCUGCUAACUGAGCUGAUUCUAUCAACAUUACUACAAAAUCAAAAUUUUUCAAGAGAUCCAUUCACUGUUCAAAACCUUUUACCCCGUAAUGGUAAAAUUUGAAUUUCUCUCUUAAUUGGAUAAAGUGUAGAAGGACAAAAGCGGAUGGAACACCAAACUUGAGGGACCAAACCUAUAAAGAAAGAGAGUAGCCGACCUGACCUGAAAGUGGCCAACUAAUCCAAUCACGCGGCUGUUUCGGUUAGGCGCAAAAAAUUCUCCAUCUUCGUCUUCUUCAUUUUUCUCUCUUUGUCGUCGUCGUUUUUUCCUCCCCCUUUCUUCGCUGGAGUGUUUUCCAGUCCAUCCUUACCUUUUUAGUUUUGAGAAAGAAAAAAAUGCUGUUAGAUCUAAUCAUCCAGCCUUUGUGUCUCUCUCGAUUUUGAUCCUAGAUGUUUUGAACUCGAUCUUGACUGAAAUGAGUGAAUUUUGUACAUUAUCUCAAGGCAUUAUCCCGUGAAAUCCUAAGUAUCCGGCCACCGGAUCUCCGGAACCGAGAGCCUAGGUGUUUUUAAUUUUGCUCUUGGUCCCAUAAUUAGUGAAAGUAGUGGACUCCUUUGCGGGAUUUUUGGGACGGUCAUAUUAUGGCUUCGGGGAAAACGCCGUCGUCGCGGUCCCGGGCGCAUCAUUCGGCCGCCACCAAAGGAAGCGCUGCCCGAGACAACGCCGGCAAGCUUGAGGAGAAUCUCAACGUCUUCAAGUCCGAUAAUUUCGACGCCGAUUCUUAUGUUCAUUCCAAAUGUAAUUCCUUGAACGAAAAGGAAAUAAGGCAGUUAUGUUCAUAUCUACUGGAUCUCAAGAAAGCUUCGGCUGAGGAAAUGCGCAGAAGUGUCUAUGCCAAUUAUUCAUCUUUCAUUAGGUGACCCCUCUACAAUUUCAAUUAUAAUAAUAAAAUUCUUUGAUGCCCUUUCAUUUGGUUUGAAGAGGACUUGUUAAGCUGGAAAGAGCAGAUUUACGUAUUGGCCUGCAUAAAUGAUAAAUGAUUGGUGUGCCAAACCUACUAGUUUGAAAAAAUGUUGAAACCUUCCUACUUUGUUCGAUCAAAUUUUGUCGAGUCUAAACAGUGUUUACAAGCCCUGAGCUCUGUAUUUCAGCAAGUUGCCUAACGUUGAUGUCUUGGCAUUUGGCUUUUUUAGUUGAUGAAUAAGGCAUUAUGUCCAUAUAUACCUCUCAGGUCUCCCUUCUACCCCCGCUCACAAACUCCCUCAUUUAGUACACUUCUGUAAUUGCUUUGGUUCUUCAUGAUGCAUAACUGACUGUUGCUUCAAGCUUAGAGAGACAGAUAUGGGCUGUCUUUAUGUCAGAUCAUUGCAAUUCAUUUUAAAGUUUGGAUGCCUCUGAACUGAAUUGAUUUCUCAGUUAGCUAUUUCGGAUCUACAUUUAUUUGGAUUUUUGUUUAAUUAUGAAACUACAUUAUGCAGGACAUCUAAAGAAAUUUCAGAUCUGGAGGGUGAGCUUUCGUCAAUGAGGAAUCUACUCUCUACUCAGGCAACAAUAAUUCACAGUUUAGCUGAAGGAGUUCAGAUUGACUCAAUGUCUGACUCUGUAAUGAAUGGUAAUGCUGCAAAUGGUUCAUUGCAUGAGGAAGUGAGGGAACCUUCUGAUCUUGAGAAAAGGUUAAUGGAGUUCCCUGAUCUCCUUGAUGUUUUGCUUGCUGAACGGAGAAUCGAUGAAGCAUUGGCAAGGUUGGAUGAAGGAGAACAGAUUGCAGCUGAAGCGAAAGAAUCGGGGGCGCUUAGUCCAGCUGUGUUGUCUGCACUUCAGACUGCUAUUACUGAGCGGAGGCAGAAGUUAGCUGAUCAACUAGCUGAAGCCGCUGGCCAGCCUUCUACCCGAGGUGGUGAGCUUCGAGCUGCUGUUUUAGCUCUUAAAAAACUUGGAGAUGGUCCACGUGCUCAUAGUUUACUGCUCAGUGCUCAUUACCAGAGAUACCAGUACAACAUGCAAAGCCUCCGGCCUUCGAGCACCUCCUAUGGUGGGGCCUACACAGCUGCUCUCUCUCAGCUAGUAUUUUCAGCCAUUGGGCAAGCAGCUAGUGAUUCAUUGGCUAUUUUUGGUAAGGAGCCAGCUUAUACAUCUGAGCUUGUGAUGUGGGCUACUAAACAGAUAGAGACAUUUGCUCAACUUGUUAAAAGGCAUGCUUUAGCCUCAUCUGCUGCUGCUGGGGGUUUAAGGGCUGCCGCAGAAUGUGUUCAAAUAGCUUUGGGACACUGUUCGCUGCUCGAAAGCCGUGGACUUGCACUUUGUCCUGUGCUGUUGAAGCUCUUUAGACCCAGUGUCGAGCAAUCUUUGGAUGCUAAUUUGAAGAGAAUUGAAGAAAGUACGGCUGCUUUAGCUGCAGCUGAUGACUGGGAACUUGUCUAUCCUCCUCCUCCACGCCAAUCUGUUAGGUCAUCUAGUGCCACUGCGGCAAGUAUAACUUCAUAUCAGUAUAAGCUAUCAAGUAGUGCUCACAGGUUCAACUUUAUGGUCCAGGACUUCUUUGAGGAUGUUGGACCCUUGUUGAGCUUGCAGCUCGGUGGCAAAAUGCUGGAAGGUCUAUUUCAAGUGUUCAAUUCAUAUGUGAAUUUGCUCAUAAAAGCAUUGCCUGGUUCCAUGGAAGAAGAGGCAAGUUUUGAAGGUUCAGUGAAUAAAAUAGCCCGAAUGGCUGAGACUGAAGCCCAACAAAUGGCUUUGCUUGCAAAUGCAUCAUUACUAGCUGAUGAAUUGUUGCCUCGGGCUGCGAUGAAGCUUUCCCCCGUGAAUCAGGGUAAUUUUAAAGAUGACCCUCGUAGAAGAACUUCAGACCGGCAGAAUCGUCACCCUGAGCAAAGGGAAUGGAAGAGGCGUCUUGUCAGUUGUGUUGAUCGAUUAAAAGACAGUUUUUGUCGUCAGCAUGCUUUGGAUCUUAUUUUCACAGAAGAAGGUGAUAGUCAUCUCACUGCCGACAUGUAUCUUUACAUGGAUGGAGACGUGGAUGAAAUAGAAUGGUUCCCAUCUGCAGUUUUCCAGGAACUUUAUGCAAAAUUGAACAGAAUGGCCAUCUUGGCGGCUGAUAUGUUUGUGGGCCGGGAAAGAUUUGCUACUUUGUUACUGAUGAGGCUCACUGAAACUGUGAUCUUGUGGCUGUCGGAGGACCAGAGUUUUUGGGAUGACAUACACGAAGGACCAAGGCCUUUGGGUGCCCUUGGUCUUCAACAGUUCUACUUGGACAUGAAAUUUGUCAUGUGCUUUGCCUCACAAGGGCGGUACUUGUCAAGGAAUCUGCUCCGAGUUCUUAACGAGAUCAUAAAUAAGGCAAUGAUAGCAUUUUCUUCUACAGGAAUGGAUCCCAAUAGUGUUCUUCCUGAAGAUGAAUGGUUUAUUGAGAUUAGCCAAGAAGCCAUUGAGAGACUUAGUGGAAAACCCAAAGCUGCAAAUGGGGAACGAGAUCUCAACAGUCCAACUGCUUCUGUCUCAGCACAAUCGAUUUCGUCUGUGAGAUCCCAUGGGAGCUCUCAAGGGACCGGACAGACCUUGUAAAGCUUUCAGUGAACCAAUUCAGUAUAAAGCCAUUUGUGACCUUUCUUUCUUCCUCGUAGUCCUCUCCUGUCCCUAUAUUGUGUUUUGGUCCAUUUUCAUUGUUGAAAUUGUCCAUUUGGUAGUAAUAUCAUUCUGUAGCUUGGUAUGGCAUAGUGCUAGGGGAUUCUUUUAGUUCCCUUUUGUGUAGGGAGCAUUCGCUGCUUUGCACAUGUUUCAUUUCUCAUUUUGAUCUGAAAUUCAUUAUAUUCUUUCUCCACCUCUGUUGGCAAAUGUUGUUUACCUCUCUGUAAACCCAAUUAGAACUAUGAAAGCAAUGGAUCUCAACAUUGUUAUUGACAAGAAUCGGGAAAAUUACACAAUUAUAAUACUGCAAUAUGAACCCUACCCGUGAAGUUCUUAUACGCAAAAAAAGAACUUUCUUUAUAAUGAUUGUGUUUAAUAUAUGAAAUUGAAAUGGAUUGUCAACAUGAAAAUUAUCAUCUCUUUGCAAAUACAAACGAGAACUCACUUUUCGAAUACACGAAACACAGCCGGACUACACUGGAUAGUGUCCAAGCCAAGAUAAUUGCCAUUUUCCAGCAUCAGAAACAGGGAAUUCACCUCCGCCAAACCAAGUACUCGAGACAUGAGACCACUUUACAAACAAACUUAGUAAACGGGAAUUCCAAUUCCUCCUUGAUCGGAGAAACUAGUACACAACACCAUGCACCAUCUCAUCAAUGUUUAGCAAGAGAUCUGAGAAACAACAUUAAUGAUGAUGAUGACGAUGACGGUUUGAUUUUGCCUACUUUUUAUCUCACCAAUAAUCAUUACAUGAGCAUUUACCAUCCUUAAAAUGGUGGAACCUCUUAUUAUCUCUAACAAUCAAUUCCCUCCCAACGAUUCUGGACAUAAUCUUGAUGGCAUUGUGACAAUCACCACACACCCUCAGGUUCUUCAUGAUCCUUAAUGUUGUCCUGGGAGGAGUACUAAUCAGGCCAUACGCUAUCGCUAGUCGUUCGCUGUGAUGCUGUAGUGCCUGCUCUUUAGCUUCCUGAUCAAUGUCAUGGAGCACGUAUCGUGUAUCAGGCACAUAAGCUUGCUGCUUCAUUGCAGCCCUCAACUUCUCAUCAUCCUUGUAUAGAGUCGUGCUGCGCAGUUCGGGAGCCUUGUUUCGGCCCUCAAGCAUAUUGAUUGCAGAUUGCUUUUUAGGUGGCGGAGUGGGAAUCGUGUUGUUGAUCAUUGCCAUUUUUGAAGAAUCAACACUGAUCAUUAGCUCCUCAGCUCUGUCCUCAAGAUCAAUGUCGCCAUGCAUGCGUGCAUAAUUCAUCAAAGCUUCCCAAAAAUCUGUUGUAGGUUCAAAUGGAAGUUUCUUGGCAACAAACUCCUCAGCUUCCGCAAGAUGCCCACAUUUGGCAAGAAGCCCUAGAAGCCCCAAGUAAUGCUCUAUCCCUGGUUCCAUCCUGUACUCGGUCUUCAUUGACUCAAAAUGUAAGAAGCCCUCGUCAAUAGCAUCAACGCUAGCACAAGCAUCUAGAACAGCGAGAAAGGUAACCCCAUUAGGUCGCAACCCUAGCUUUCUCAUCUGAUCAUACAAGGCCAGUCCAUCAUCACCAAGCCCAUUGAAACCAUAUCCACUGAUCAUCAAAUUCCAGGAAUCCAAGUUUCUAUCAGGCAUGUGAUCAAAAACCCGUCUAGCAUCAGUCAUGCUCCCACACUUGACAUACAUAUCAAGCACCUUAUUGUUCAGCAAAAGAUCACUCCGGCAGCUUGAUCUCAAGAAAUAAUCAUGGAUUUUCUUGGCAUCACCAUAGUUCUUGGACUUGGAACACAGCUCAAAUAGUAAACUAAAGGAGUGAGCGUCAGCAACCACACCUUCAUCCAUCAGUUUGAGUGCAUCACCAACUUUACCUUGUUCACAAAUACCUCUUAAAUCAACAACAGAAGUCUGCUGCUGCUGCUGCUGCUGCUGCUGCUGUUCACCAACUUUUUGGUUCUGAAAGGUCUGAGAAUUAUAAUUAGGAAUGUUUUGGUUUUGGUGAAGAGGAGGAUAGGCCUGAUUUUGAUUAACCUUUUGAGGGAAGCUCGACAUAGGUCCUCCUGGUUGACCUAGGUUUUGGCCCUGAUCAAAAUUACGAAACAAUUGACCGUGAUUUUGACCAAAACCUGGAAAACGCUGAUUCUGAUCCUGGGUUGUUGCAGCCUGAUUAUGGGUUGGAUAGUUUUGAACCUGAUGUGGAUGUGGGCCCGGCUGGUAUUGAGAAAAGCCUCCUCCGCCGCCUCUGUAACCCACUUGAUUGCUCUGAGUCUGGACAACAUGCUGUUGCGGCGGCGGCGGCGGGUAGUUCUGGCGGGUUGAGUUGGGAUUUACAUUGUAAUGACUGGGGAAUGUGUGGGGAGGAGGAUAAGGGUGGUUGUUGGGGUGAUUGGUGCCAUGGUUGAUCUGAUUGCGAUGAUCAUAAGAUGUUUGAUAAUUUGCCCCACCGACAAGACCAGGAGUAGCUGAGGAGUGAAACCGUGGAAAAAGGAGACCCAAUGAAGUGCGAAGCCGGAGAUGCAGAGCGGCGGCAGAAUUCAGGUUCAACGGCGGCGCCAUUUCUGGAAAGAAAAGGAAGCCACGGCAAGGAAAGGACGUUCAAAAAUGGAGGAGGAAACCGGGAAAUGGUUAUGGGAAUAAUAACUCAACAGAUAGUAAUGUAUUACAAUUAUUAAAGAAGGGAGAAAAUGUUUGGGUUGGGC